UAGCAGCUAUUUGUCAGUUGUCAAUGUCAGCUGUUCAUAUACCGGCUCUGCUUCAUAGAAGUUGAUUAUUUACGUUUUCUCUGCUAAAUAGCAUAUCAUCCUUAUCGUGAUUUAUAAUAAAUAGUAUUCAAUUUCAUUAUGCAACAAAACGACCAAUUGCAGCAACCCGAUGACCCACAGAGGAAUGCACUGAAUUAUCAAUUUUCCCCUGAAGAGCUGCGAGUCCUUCGCGAGUGUAAUCGUGAAUCCUUUUUUCAACGAUCCCUUCCGUUAGGGACGGUUAUGGGAAUUGGCGCAUGGUACGCAGUGCAUAAUAAGUUUCUAAAGCCAAGUGUUCGUUUCGGUCCUGCCCCAAAGAUAUUAGUUGGCGUUACGCUUGGAUACUUCAUCGGAAAGAUAAGUUACCAGAGCAAAUGUGCCGAAAAGAUUUUGCAGCUGCCCAACUCUCGAUUGGCCGAUUUGAUGCGCCAACGUCGCCAGGGAUCCACGGGAAUGGCCGAUAAAUUUCUUCCUGAUCAAGGAUUCGGUGCUUCAAGUAUGCUAACACCGUUCGAAACAACCCCGGCACGUGAACGACAGGCCGACGAGUCAUUCCUGAGCAACGGUUCGCUGAACCUGUACUACGAUGGUCCGCAAUACUCCGGGCUAGAUGAUAGCGGUCGUCCAACGGUUGACUCUACCACCAAUUUCGAAGAGGAUCUUCAGCUCCCGCUUGCACCGAAGGCAUCCAAAAGCUACGAGGAACUCCGACGACAAAAUCGAGAAGAGUACCUAAAGCGCCAGCAGCAACCUUACCGUCCGGCAACGAUCCUUGAAGAUAGUCCGCCAAUACGACGCGAAACAACAGAACGACGCGGUGGUACGACUUCCGAAGAAGCUGCGCAGGCUUCAAGUCCGCCAUCCGUUAAAAACAAGUACGGGGAUGCUUGGUCGCAAUAGGUAGCUUGUUAAAGCAUUUUUUCAUUACUUCUAGGGAAGCUUAGUAGAGAAAAAAGUUCUAAAUAUAUACUUAAAGUUUAGUUAAACGAA